AUGUAUCAAGGCCCCGAAGACAAUGAUGAUAAACAAAAACUUUACAAUUUUUGGCAAAUCUUCACAAUAUUCACUCCAUCACUUUCACUUACAUUAAGAAUGUUAAAUUCAAUGACAGUCCUUGACCUGAACAAAUUAAUUCAAUCAUUCGUAUCAAAAGCAAACACAAAAUCACGAGACUUUAUUGUUGUACCGAGAAAUCUCAUAGUAGAACUAAACGCGUUAGAAAAACAGACGGACGAAAAUUAUUUUGAAAAUCUAAAAAAUCACAGAUGGGCACGAAGGAUGAACACGAAUGCUUACCCCGCCGUGUUUUUCAUGGGAAAAUUGUCUUCACAGCAUUGGAAAUGUUCACUAAGUUUCAUAGCUUCUGUUGAGGAGAUAUUCUUCGUGUCACUAACACUGUUACAAGUCAAAGUGGAGAAUAUUUCCGCCUUCUCCGCUAAAAGAAUUUCUCCACCAAGAAGUGACAACACAUGGCAAUGUCAUACUGCAUGUUUACGGAAUUCAAAUUUUAUGGCGUAA